GCAGGGGGACGGGCCGAGCUCAUCUCACCCCUGUCGCCUCCCCGGGGCUCAGCAGUGCCAGCCCGCAGCUUUUGUCCACCCCCCGGGGACCGGUGAACCGAUCAACCUGGGCUCGUCCCUCUUAGGAUCGUAUCCCCGGGACUUUUCGGGGGACGCCAAGUAGGAGGAGGCCUCGAAAAGCGAAUUACCCCAAAGUCCUUUCCGCCUGCCUCUCUUACUUUUUAAUCGGAGUGAAGCCCGUCUUGCCGCCCUAGUUGCCCGUCCGAAGACUGAUUGGAGCUCAGAAGGCCUCAAAGAUGUCCGUCACCAGCCACGAGAACCGAAAAUCCCGCUCCAGCUCCGGAUCCAUGAACAUCCAGCUGUUCCACAAGCCGGGCCACGCCGACAGCCUCCUGACCCACCUGAACCUGCUGCGCCAGAAGCACCUCUUCACCGAUGUGGUGCUCCGGGCCGGCAACGGGGCCUUCCCCUGUCACCGGGCCGUGCUGGCCUCUUGCAGCCGCUAUUUUGAGGCCAUGUUUGCCGGGGGCCUGAAGGAGAGCAGGGAUGCCGAAGUCCACUUCCACGACACGCUACACCCUGAAGUGCUGGAGCUGCUCUUGGACUACGCCUAUUCCGCCAGGGUGCUGAUUAAUGAGGAGAACGCAGAGUCGCUCUUGGAGGCCGGGGACAUGCUGCAGUUCCAAGAUAUCCGGGAUGCUGCGGCGGGCUUCCUGGAGAGGAAUCUGCACCAGGCCAACUGCCUCAAUAUGCUGCUCCUGUCAGACGCCUAUUCCUGCGAGCGUCUCCUCGAGCUGUCCUGGAGAAUGGCUCUGGCCAACUUCACCUCCUUGUACCAGACAGAAGACUUUCUCAAGCUUCCCAAGGGCAAAGUGCUGGAGCUGGUGCGCAGCGAAGAGCUGGAGGUGGAGGACGAAAGCCUCGUGUACGAGGCCGUCAUCGGGUGGAUCGAGUACGACCUGGCGGGCCGGCAUGGGGACCUCCCGGAGCUCCUCGGGGCCGUGCGGCUGGCGCUCCUGCCCGAGUCCUACCUGCGCCAGCGGGUGGCGCUGGAGAAGGUGGUGACCAGCCACGAGCUGGGAGGAGAGAUUGUGGCCGAGGCCGUGCGCUGCAAGAUGAAGAUCCUGCAGAACGAUGGGCUGGUGACGGGCUUCUGUGCCAGGCCUCGCAAGGUCAGCCAGGCGCUCCUCCUGCUCGGCGGCCAGACCUUCAUGUGCGACACCAUCUACACCCUCGACCGCAAGACCAGCGACAUCAUCCCCCGCACAGACAUCCCAAGCCCCCGCAAAGAAUGCAGCGCCUGCGCCAUCGGUUGCAAAGUGUACGUCACGGGUGGGAAGGGCGCCGAGAACAGCGCCUCGAAGGACGUCUGGGUGUACGACACACUGCACGACGAGUGGGCCAAGGCGGCCCCCAUGCUGGUGGCCAGGUUCGGCCACGGCUCGGCCGAGCUGGCCCAUGGCCUCUACGUGGUGGGCGGCCACACGGCUGGGAGCGGCUCCUUCCCGGCAUCCCCCUCGGUCUCCCUGAAGCAAGUGGAGCACUACGAUCCCCAGGCGGACAAGUGGACCCUGGUGGCCCCACUCCGGGAGGGGGUGAGCAAUGCUGCUGUGGUCGGGGCCAAGAUGAAGCUCUUCGUUUUCGGCGGCACCAGCGUCAGCCAAGAGAAGCUCCCCAAAGUGCAGUGCUUUGACCCCUGCCAGAACCGCUGGACGGUGCCCGCCGGCUGCCCUCAGCCGUGGCGCUACACAGCGGCCGCCGUGGUCGGCAACCAAGUGAUUGUGAUCGGCGGGGACACGGAGUUCUCGGCCAGCUCCGCUUACCGCUUUCACAGCGACACCUACCAGUGGUCCAAGUUCGGGGACGUGACCGCCAAACGCAUCAGCUGCCGAGCCGUGACCUCGGGCAACAAACUCUACGUUGUGGGGGGCUACUGCGGAACUCAGCGCGGUAAAACCCUCGACUGCUACGACCCCUCAUCCGAUUCCUGGAGCAGCGUCACUUCGGUUCCCUAUUCCCUCAUCCCCACAGCGUUCGUGAGCACCUGGAAAUACCUGGCCGCUUGAGGUUCGGGCCUCUCCUGCUCAGAAGCUGGAAAGGUAAAUGGCGGUUUCGGGCCGCUCUGCCCCCUUCCCCUCUUAAAGCCUUCCCCUGCCUGCCGGACAUGGAAUUCUGGCUCUGAGAUGGGAGCACUUGAAGGUUGAAGUGGAGUCCCUCUUCUCUCCAGCCUGACUCCCUGUCUAGUAAGCUGGGUUCUGAGGGCUCGGGGUGGGCCUGUUUGGCCCGUUCUGCGGUUGGCUUGGAGGAUGGAUCGUCUGCACAACUGAGGCCACUUUGCAAGGCCCCAUGUGCACAGGGGCGAGUCAGGCCGUCUGCAACCUGAAACCUUGGAGAGAGACUCUGUGAAGCUUCUGGCUCUUUAUGGGGAUGAGGGACAGGAGAGAGGCCCCCCCGCAAAAAAAAUGCCUGAAGGGGGAGGUGGCCUCCAUGGGACGGGUGACGGGACCAGAGUCUGCCACCACAGAACUAGGACGGGGUCGGCACAGUCGAGGUAGAAUAGGGUGGGUUGGGGCAGACCAGAGCGGCUGUCUCGUCGUCGCCUUUUGGAAUCUUGGCAGCAGGCGCAAGUCAAGACAGUUUGUGGUUUCACAAUUUAGAGUCACUUGAAAAAUAAUAGUGAUUUAAAAACCAGAAGCAUUGUCUGUGCACUGCCUUCUGGUUACUGUGGGCUGGAGCCUGGAGCCGAUCUACUGCUUCUUCUGGCCCCGUAGACAGGCUGUUGACUGAGAUUCGUGGCUGGGGGGAGAACGGUGCCAAUGGUCGCCAGCCCAGCUGGCUAACGGAGACUCAGGGCUUUGGGCCGAAUGAUGAGUCCGGUUCAUUUCUUGGAAGGGGUCCAGCCGUGGAAGAGAAGUGGGGAGCUAAAGCAACUCCUUCUAGAAGUUAUUUUGUCAGACUUGUUCCAUUGCAGCCUCGGGGUCUUGACUCCAUUUCUAGUGACAGCCCAACAAUCUGAUCAAAGCUGCUCUUUGAACACACACACACACACACACACACACACACACAAUGAAUGUGUAUGUAUAUAUAUAGAUAUGUAUACACAUAUCUCUCUCUCUCUAUAUAUAUAUAAAUAAAGCAGGCUUUCUGUAAGCCAUGCAGAGCUUUGCGGUGAGGUUAUACAAGAAGUUCUUAGGAUAAAAGAGCAAGGCAAUUAAACCCAAUCGAAAAGUUAAUGUACCAUGAGGGAGCAGAAAACUGCCCAGAAAAUACACUGAGGCCUUGCGGACCCACUGCAAAAUGAGGUGACGUGUGUUAGUUUGUUCUGUCCCGCACAGAGGUGGGUUGGAUUAGACAAAUGCUGGUAAGACUGCUUACAGGGCCACUGGUCACAUUAACUGUUUUUCAGAAAGAGGGAGGUGCCGACACAGUGCAAACCCACUGGAAAAGUUGCUUGUAUAAUUAAGGGAAGAUUAUAGGUGGAAUAUCAUCUACCCAGAGUUUAUAAUUGCCUCUGUAAGGCAAGACCCGGGCUGCGUGUAGACACACUUCACAUCUGUCCCUUCUAAUUAUCCUGCAACCGACCAGCACUAGGCAGCGGGGAGCUAGUGUCGAUGCGUCUCAUCCCUGUGGCUUCCUGCCCACGAGAGGUUGGUGGUAAGGCAGCAGCAGCAGCGGGUGUCUGUCCUCUCCUGCCACCAGAGCAUCGCCAACAUGCCCAGGGGGUCCAACAGCCUCACCCUCAAACAGCUGCCUGCCCGGUGGAGGAGUUCUGGGGAUGGAAGGAAGCGUCCAGCUGAGGGGGAUGGAGGAGGCUCCUCACUAAAGGGGGCGGAUUCGUCUCGACUGGACACCAGGCCGUACUCUGCACCCCCUGGUACAGGAGGGGCUCGGAUGCCGGGGAGGACUGUUUCCCUGACUCGAACCGAAGUCGGAAAGCGAGCAGUAAGCUGCCAGCACCAACUGCUGUUCACACCGUCUGCACCUUGUUCGCGUGGCUCUAGCACAAACUCGUAGGGCUGAGGAAGUGGGGUUGGCAGGUUACAGUCGUGAAAUAUUUUUAUGAAGGUUUUCUCAUUGUGAGUGGACGUUGAUGUUUAGCUUUGAAGUUUUGAGUAUGCGCUGAUUAAUUGGGAAGAGGCUUCCUCUCCUUUGUCUUUCCAGUCAGCCUGGAGCUGCCUCAAUAAAAAGCCUGGGAA